UGGGCCGCCCCCGCCACCAGGGCGUCAUGGUGGGUAUGGGUCAGAAGGACUCCUACGUAGGAGAUGAAGCCCAGAGCAAGAGAGGUAUCCUGACCCUGAAGUACCCCAUUGAACACGGCAUCAUCACAAACUGGGACGACAUGGAGAAGAUCUGGCACCACACCUUCUACAAUGAGCUGCGUGUGGCCCCUGAGGAGCACCCCACCCUGCUCACUGAGGCCCCCCUUAACCCCAAAGCCAACCGUGAAAAGAUGACCCAAAUCAUGUUUGAGACCUUCAACGUCCCUGCCAUGUACGUGGCCAUCCAGGCUGUGCUGUCCCUGUAUGCCUCUGGCCGUACCACCGGUAUCGUGCUGGACUCCGGCGAUGGUGUGACACACAAUGUCCCCAUCUAUGAAGGGUACGCCCUUCCCCAUGCCAUCAUGCGCUUGGAUCUGGCCGGCCGGGACCUCACUGACUACCUGAUGAAGAUCCUGACUGAGCGUGGCUAUUCCUUCGUCACCACAGCUGAACGUGAGAUCGUCCGUGACAUCAAGGAGAAGCUGUGCUAUGUGGCGCUGGACUUUGAGAACGAGAUGGCCACUGCUGCCUCUUCCUCCUCCCUCGAAAAGAGCUAUGAGCUGCCCGAUGGGCAGGUCAUCACCAUCGGCAACGAACGUUUCCGCUGCCCAGAAACCCUCUUCCAACCUUCCUUCAUUGGUAUGGAGUCCGCAGGGAUCCAUGAGACCACCUACAACAGCAUCAUGAAGUGCGACAUUGACAUCAGGAAGGACCUGUAUGCCAACAAUGUCAUGUCUGGGGGUACCACCAUGUACCCAGGUAUUGCUGACCGCAUGCAAAAGGAGAUCACAGCCCUGGCCCCCAGCACAAUGAAGAUCAAGAUCAUUGCCCCACCUGAGCGUAAGUACUCUGUCUGGAUCGGUGGCUCUAUCCUGGCCUCCCUGUCCACCUUCCAGCAGAUGUGGAUCACAAAGCAGGAAUACGACGAAGCUGGCCCAUCCAUUGUCCACCGUAAAUGCUUCUAAACAUGUUUACGUGAUCACUGCCAACCACGCUCAGGAUGACAACCUUCUAGGUUGCAGGCUGCCGAGGACCUGCAACAGCCAUGUAACUUUCUAUUUUGUAACGAUUUCUGGUUACUGUUGCUGCAAAGCUCCACGUGACACAGUGUAUGUAAAGUGUACAUAAAUUAAUUUAUUUUACCUCGUUUUGUUUGUUUUUAAAACCAAUGCCCUGUGGAAGGAAACAAAAAACUUCAAGAAGCAUUAAAUCAUCAGUCAUUCUGUCACACCCCUAA